AUGGAUUUGCUUCCUCGAGAAUUAGUUGAAAAAAUAUUUUUAAAUGUUUCAAACAAGAAUCUUUUGCCAUUCACACUAUCAAACCUUCGUGGAGUGGAAUAUUUUGCUGCUUUGAAGUUAUAUAAUUCUGUUUUUGUACAUGUUGCUAAAGACGAUGAAUAUUACCCUUUUGAAAAUAAUACAAGUGUUUUUAAUAACAAUAAUAAUCAUGGUUUUCAUGAUAUUUUUAUUUUUGAUUGUAGAAAUAUACCUUUUGAAUGUAUUAAUGAAUCAUCAAACAAUAUUGAAAAUUUUAACUCUAAAUAUAAAAUUUGGAACAAAUUUACAAAACUAUUAAUACUUUUUAACUCAAAUUCUUUGAAUAAGACGAAUAUUUAUUUGGAUGAUUUUUCAAUUGAUGUUUCCAAUCAUUUUUGGUUUUUAAAUCAAUUAACCGAAAAUAGAAAUAUCAAAUACUCAACAAAUGGUGCACGAUUUUUAUUGAAGUUUGAGCCAUUUGAUCUCAGUUCUUUAUUCUUUGAAGAUCAAAGAUCGCAGUAUACUGGUAUAUUUUUUCACAGAGAAGAAUACACUGGGAGUGUUCUUACAGAACUUACAGGUGAUGUUCAUCAUCUAAAUCAAUUUCCAAUUGACGAUGAUAUAUUUUUUACAGAAUUAAAUUCAAUUCUGAAAUUUUCAAUUGAUUUUUCAUCUAUCAAUCCAAAAAUAGAUAUACACUCCUUUUCUCCCUCUCUUAGGGUGAAAACAGUAAGAUUUCAAGCCCUUAGUUUUGAGAACAUUCAAAAUUUAACAAAUACAGCAGAGUUUAUUGAAUUGGAUUGGUCUAGAAACAGUAUUCUGGACAUUGGAACGCUACCUGAUCUAGCUAGUUUAAGAACAUUAAACUUUUCAGAUAAUAAAAUUGAAGAUAUAUCAUCUUUAUCGAGAAUAACUAAUUUAACAGGUUUGGAUUUGUCAAAUAAUCAAAAUUUAAUCAUUGUUUAUGUAAAUUUGAAUAAUCAAAAUGUAACUGCUUUAAAGUUUGAUGAUUCAGUUACAUUUCUUGAUUGUUUAAAUGAAGAUACUCGAAAUCAAAAUCAAAAUCAAGUUGGUGGUGAACAACAAGCACUACGAGCACAAUUACAACAACACUUACAACAACUACUACAAUAA